AUGGACUGCCCGCAAGUUGGGGGACGGGCCGUACCACCCAUACCCGCCGACGCCCUCUAUGGCCUCGUGGAUGACGAAUGUGGAAACAAGAACUGCGUAGAAUGCAUCUCACAAUUCUUCGGGCUCACGCGUCUCCAGUACGCAAUCCAAUACAUACGCAAGGAGCUGGGUAUACCGGACAAGCUCGCUCAGGCCAAGGCUCGCACUUAUGCGCAGCAGAUAGAAAGAGACAGGGAAUAUUUAAGGAACGGACUUCAUCGUCACGGAGAUUUGGUAUUGUCAAAGUGGAAGAAGAAGACCAAAGUCAAGAGAGAAGCACUUCUUCUCGCCGCACAGCCUGAUCUCUACCGACACGCCUGCAUUCAACAGCGCACAAUGUUUCGAAUGGACGGCAAGCUCACGGACUUUGAUCGAGUUGCGCCAGGCGAGAAGGCGAUUUCUAUGGGCGAUCCUACAUGCAGGCGGGCUAUGCUUUUGCCCUACCUCAACGUCGAUUCCCUCGCACGAGACCCCAUGCGACUGAUAAGUCUCUUUCAUUACCGGUCGUCUUACAAACCGGAAGAGUGGGUGUCAUUCGACUUCGCACAGAUGAGAGUCGCCUUCGAGGGUGCGCAGGUCAGCAUAAGAUACAACGACAACAGCUUGAUCUUGCAUGGCCCACGGUUUGGAGAUCUGGUGCCUUACGAGCAGGAAGAAGCUCAUACUCGGAAGACUAUUGGCUACGCACGCGGCGAAUGUAUUCUAGAGGCGCAAGCAUUCCUUCUCGGCUUCUUGCGCAGGAUCUUUGACGUUCUUGUCCCCAGCAAGACUGUGGAGAGAGGCAAUGUAUGCUGGAGCACCCUCACCUCGAUCGGCUUCAAAUCUCCCGGAGACGUCGAAUUCUGGCCCCCGUAUGCCAACGCCCCGUUUUCGAGACCGCCGGUCUUUGAUCUACAAAAACAUACACAGAUGCUCAAAGCGGCUCUCGCGGCGGCCGAAGACCACCUUCGAUUCCUCCAGACCGAUCCGGCCUACGUGCAGGACCUGAUUGCCAAGGAGCGGAGUCGUCUAGCAUUCACAAAGUUUGGCAGCGAACAUGUUGCCCUGCACUUACAUGAUUGGAUUGUGAGUAGACCUCGUAUCAACGCUGCUCGGCUGCGAGGUGUUGUGCGAGAACUGGAAUACGUAUCAAAGGUGUGUCCCGAGUCCGAAGGUCAGAUGCGCAUUGGAGCAAAGCUCUCGAAAGGAUAUGAGCAGGCUCUGAGUGGCCUGGAGUAUCUCUGCACGUUUUCUCAUCGUCACGAGAGACAAGACUUGAGAGAUAGGUUGCGUAUUCUGCCACAGUUCAGGGACAACUAUCAGACUACACACAAGGGCAAAGAGGGCAUCUUCACGAUGCUCAAGUGUCUUGGGGGCUACCGAGACGUUCGUGAGGGCUUGUUCCGUUUUGAUCGACUCCACUACUGGCUGGUACAGCUCACAAAGGAUCCCGAGUCUGCCACUGCAGAUCACCCUCCCAUCCUCAUGGGACAUCUCGAAGAGCAUCUUGCGAGAUCAGAUGGGCGAGAGCGCGCUCGGAUCCCGCCAGAUGUCUACGAGCAACUCUCCCGCAUGUGCUGCUACUUUGAACUGGUCUGGGCGAUUCGGCUUCUUCGUCCCUUGCCCGCGGUCUUUGAUCUGAGGGCGCUGCCUGCAGCAGAGUGCGAGCGCGAGCUUGGGCCCUGGAAACAAAUGAAACGCAGAGGGACGAGGACAGAAUCCGACGCGGUGGCGGACUGGAACGAGUUUCGCCGGCUGCUGGAGGCUUCCGUCGAUGCACCUUGGCCCAAAGGCAAACAUGACGCGGAUUGGUUGGCCAGAGCGACAGAAUCGCGAACUCGCCUCAACGCUAUGUGGGCGCAUGUUCGCAAAGGUCGUAAGGCUGCAGUCAUCGCGCUUGGCAGUACGGACGCAGAGAUUGAUGAUGAGGUUUUGCCAUUAUCUGCAGCGUUGACUGAGGGGCACAAGGCUGAGGUCCAAGCUGAGAAGGAUGAAGUAGCCCGUUUUCUUGAAGCAGAGACGGCAAAGAAGGCAGUUUUGGCAGGCGAUACGCCGAUACCACUGCAGACCGUCUGGGGCGAUGCCGAACAUAAUCAGCGUGAUGAAGUGAUGCCGUCAAUUGGUCGCACCAAGCUCAAUUCCCGUCCAGAUGCCAGUCAAGCAACGUUGUCUACAGAUGUGCGGCUUGAAACAGAUGAAGGCUCCCCGACCAUUGCAAAGAUCGAGGUCAACAGCGAAUCCCUCCUCGUCUUCCGCCGCAUGUUCCCUUGUCCGUCUGGCGGCGAAACCAAGGGCAUCAUCAAGUGGCAGCAGCUCGUGAGUGCAAUGGCAGAUGCUGGCUUCUCAGCAGCGCACUGCGGAGGUUCCGCGGUGCAUUUCACAAACACUGAGGGUUCGGUCGUCUUCCACAAGCCGCACCCCGACCUCGAGGUCGACUUGAUCACGUUACGAAUCAUGGGUAAGCGCAUGAGGAGAUGGUUCGGGUGGGAGCGCGACAGUUUUGUUGACAGACAAGAGUGA